AUGGGACAUUGCACGAGUAAAGACCAAAAAGAGGGCAAACGGCUGAAUCGGCGCAUCGACGAGCAAAUCAAAAAGGAUCAAUCGAUGAGCCUCAGGAUCAUCAAGCUUCUCCUAUUAGGCGCCGGCGAGAGCGGAAAAAGCACAAUUCUGAAGCAGAUGCGAAUAUUGCACAAAGAUGGAUUCUCGCAGCAAGACCUCGAAAUGAUACGACCGGUGGUGUACUCGAACUGCAUUCACAGUAUGCUCUCGAUUCUCCGAGCGAUGUUCCAUUUGCAAAUCGAAUAUGGCGAACAAGAGCGAGUGAGAGAUUCGCAAUUGGUCUUCGCCACUGUGCACGCCAACAAGGAAGAGCUCACCGAAGAGCUCGCAGCCGCCAUGCAGCGACUCUGGCACGAUUCGGGCGUUCGCGAAUGCUAUCGAAGGUCCAACGAGUACCAAAUUGACGAUUCGGCGAAAUAUUUUCUCGACAAUUUGCCGCGACUAUCAGCGCCCAACUAUGUGCCAAGCGAGCAGGACCUUCUGCGAACACGUAUCAAAACCACCGGAAUCACCGAAGUGCUCUUCGAGCUCAAAGGCCUGACAUUUCGGGUCAUCGACGUUGGCGGUCAGCGGUCGGAGCGCAAAAAAUGGAUUCACUGUUUCGACAAUGUCAACGCCAUCAUUUUCAUCUCAUCGCUUUCCGAAUAUGAUCAGACGUUGCGGGAAGACAAUUGCACGAAUCGAAUGCAAGAAUCGCUCAAAUUGUUCGAUUCGAUAUGCAACAGCCCCUGGUUCGCCGACAUUCAUUUCAUACUAUUUUUGAAUAAAAAAGACCUUUUUGCUGAAAAAAUCGUGCGAUCGCCGUUGACAAUUUGUUUUCCCGAGUAUAAAGGCCAACAGAAUCAAACCGAGUGCAUUAAUUACAUUCAAUGGAAAUUCGAGCAAUUAAAUCGCUCAUCUCAACGCGAAAUCUACUGCCACCACACGUGCGCCACCGACACCAAUAAUGUGCAAUUCGUGCUCGACGCGUGCCUCGACAUGAUCAUCGCCAAAAAUCUCAAAUCAAUGGGUCUCUGCUAG